AUGUCUUAUUACUAUACUGCUCAACCAUAUGCCAAUCCAGUUGAUUUAGAUUCAUUAUUAUCUUUAUUACAUCAACAACAAUUUAGAUCACCACAACAACAACAACAACCUCAGCAGCCUCAGCAAUCACGCUCAUUACAAGGAUAUCCUCCCUACUACACUCCAACUCAACAACAACCUCCACGUCGUAGACAACAGAGACAAGUACAAGUUCAACAUAGAAACUCAAGACCUAGGGUUGUUCAGAAAUUAGAAACUGAAGAUGAAUAUCAAAUUCAGAUCUACAAGCCUUUUGGUAAUUUCAAUAACUACGAAGUCAAAGUAAUCAAAUUACAACCUCCUUUAAUCAAAGUUAUUAUAUUUUCUCGUCAAGAUGAUUUCAAAAUUGAUUUCAAUUUCAAUUUGAAUUAUAUUGAUAUUGAUAAUAUUAAUUGGAGAUGGUACAAACAGGAUAAUAUUUUGAGUUUAAAUAUCCCCAAAAAAUUGCACUACAUUCACUCCAAUUUAAAUGAUGUUAUUAAUUGUUUAUUGGGAUCUUUAGAUGAUCCUCAACGUCAAUUGUAUUUGGAACAUGAAUCACCUGAAUUUGAGGAUGAAGAGGAGGAAUUAAACCAUGAUGGUGACAAUGAAGAUGACGAGUAUGAUGAUUAUGAAUUGGGUGAUCCUGACGAUUCUUCACUUGAUGAACAUGAAAGAUUGGUUCAAGAAGCAAUCGACGCUUUAAUCGAGAAGAAGAAGAAAAACAAGAAAGAGAGCAAGAAAAGCAAAGUUAGUAAAUCUGCUGAUGGAGCCAAGAAGGAUGAUGAUUCAAAGAAGCAACAAGAAGAGCAAGAGGCUUUUGAAAAGCAAAGACAAUUGGCACAGGAUGCCAUUAAUGCUGUGAUUGAAAAGAAGAAGAAAAAGGCAGAAGAAGAGGAAAAGAAGGCGCAAGAAGAGGAAGCAAAGAGACAAGCCGAAGAGGAAGUAAAGAGACAAGCCGAAGAGGAAGCAAAAAGAAAGGCUGAGGAGGAAGCAGAAGCAAGACAAAAGGCGGCGGAAAUUGAAGCUAAAAGAAAAGCCGAACUCGAAAAAGCUAGAAGAGAAUUUGCAUUAAAACAAGAACAAGAACGUCAAAAGAUUUUACAAGCUCAAUUGGAAUUGGAAAAAUUGGCUAAACAGCAAGAAGAAUUAGAAAAUCAACAUCAAAAUGACACAACUGUGAAAUCAAAGGAAAACGAAUUAAAACUGGAGAUUGUUAAGGAAGAAAACAAAUAUCAACAAAAUUCUAAUGAAUACGAACAUUACUUGAAACAUCAACAAGAUUUACUUAAUCAAUUCUUUGGAUUCAAUUUAGGCCCCGUCUUGACUUCGCAUUUGCCACCUCAAUCUGCUGGAAAUGGAACUAACUCCACACAGCAAACAAAGAAGGAAAAUGGUACCGAGCCUAAAGCGUCUCCCUCAAAGAAAUCAGAGCCGGUGAAAAAGGAGCAAGUGAAAUUGGAACCUAAAACAAACAGAGAGAAACCAACUACACCUGUGCUGAAGGUGAUUAACGGAUCUACAGAUAAGCCCUUAAGAAAACUUCACUCACCUUCAUUGGAAGAUGUUGAAGAUGAAGAAUCAAUUUUGUUUAGAAAAAGAUUUGAUCAUUAA